UCCGACUCUAGCUGCAGAUGCCUGCAUCUUUGAUUUGCUGUUCUCGGUUGAGAUUUGAGGCUGAGCGGCAAGUGGGCCAGGAAUACGAAUUCAGGGGGAUAGCGCCGGCACAUCCCACUGACUGUGGAGUUCCAAGUCCUUCUGGGACGAAUUAAACCGCCCUGUCGGUAUGAGGGAUGUUGAUGCGAUCCGAUUUUCGAUCCCUUUUCCGAAUGAGCUUUUGUUCUGCUUCUAGAACUGCUGAUCCCUUUCUUUUCUAUUUCUUCCCUCUCUUCCCGUUUCGCAUUCUAUUGUAGACUAAUAACUUGUCCUUCACGGUCGUUCAUUCGUUAUCACAACGCCUCAUCGCUGCAUAUUGUAGCUGUCACUCGCUUACCAUCACCCUCGCUUAAUACCCAAUAAUACACUAAUACAAUAUGCGUUUUGCUUCCUCGGUCAUCGGUCUCGCGGCCACCGCCGGCACUGCUGCCGCUGCCGUUAGUGCCGCCAACUCCGGAAUCAAGGGCUUUAACUACGGUGCCUUUUUCCUUAACCAGGCAGCUAAGCAGCAAGCCGACUUUGAAUAUGAAUUCAACCGCGCCAAGAGCUUGUCGGGUACCAGCGGUUGGACCAGUGCUCGCCUGUACUCUAUGGUCCAAUGGGGAACUACCAGCGACGUUAUUAGCGCGAUUCCUGCAGCCAUCAGCACCAAGACCACCUUAUUGUUAGGUCUCUGGGUGUCCGGUGGCGACCAGGCCAUCGCGAACGAGAUUGCCGCCCUCAAGGCUGCCAUCAACCAGUACGGAACUUCAUUCACGGAUCUAGUCUUGGGUAUCUCUGUCGGAAGCGAAGAUCUAUACCGCGACGCUAGCGGCGAGGUCGGUGUCAGCGGCGCGACGCUCAUCAACUACAUUUCCCAAGUCCGCAGCGCCAUCGCCGGCACCGCACUCGCAGGCGUGCCCGUCGGCCACGUCGACACCUACGACUCAUUCCUGAACGCCACGAACAGCGCCGUCAUCGACAACAUCGAUUGGUUGGGCUUCGACGGUUACCCUUACUGGGAGGAGACCAAGCCCAACAGCAUCGGCGACGCCCCCGAGAGGUUCUACGACGGGUUCAACAAGACCCUGGCCCUUGCCGGCAACAAGCCCGUCUACGUCACCGAGACCGGGUGGCCUACAUCCGGAAAGACUGUCAACCAGGCUGUGCCUAGCACCGAGAACGCUCGCAUCUACUGGCAAGACAUUGCCUGCAGCCUGAUCGCAAAAGGCGUCAACCUAUGGUGGUACGACCUGCAGGAGUCCCAGUAUGGUACUGCUGACCCUGACUUCGGCAUCUUCCCGGCUGGUGACCUUAACACGGUUUCGCAGCUCUAUGAUCUCUCUUGUGUAAUAAAUACCUCGAAUAUAAUUAUACAAUCAUAUAGACAUGAGCAUAGAACUUGGAAUCCAUGGGUCUCCCCAGAAAGUUUUGGCGUUUAUACCCACGAUGCUAUUGGACCGUUUCGAUAUAGAGGUUAGAUUGGUUUGGUAAAAUCGGUGGCAAGCUACCUGGGUACCUACACAGGUAGGAAGGAUCAAUUUGAUGAUAGUUAUUAGAACUGCAUAUAAAUGUAUUUCCCAGGAUCGUCAUCCAUGCAGUGUGAUUAUUUGAACGAAGACUUGAAUACCGAGA